AUGCUCAGAGAGUUUCGGCCGAGAAUUCCCUGGAAGCAGCCAAGGCACUCCAAGGCUGCACAGCGGGUGUUUGUCACGGGACAGAAGACGCUCUCCGCCACCGGCUUGACCAAUUCGACCUACCAAUUCCAAGUGGCGAGCAAGCGGGGGUUUUCCGAGUUCCUCAACAACUACUACGAUGACGAGGGUUGGUGGGCACUGGCGCUGAUCAGGUCGUGGGAUGUGACGCACGAGCAGGCUUACCUCAACAUGGCCGAGCACAUCUUCAGGGACAUGCAGGCCGGCACAGACGGUACCUGCGGCGGCGGCCUGUGGUGGAGCAAGGCAAAGUCUUACAAAAAUGCGAUCGCCAACGAACUCUACCUCAGCGUCGCGGCUAGCCUUGCGAACCGCGUUCCGGGUAAAAAGGGAGAGUACACCCAAAUUGCCAAGGAUGAGUGGGCAUGGUUCAAGAACAGCGGCAUGAUCAACAAGGACAACCUCAUCAAUGACGGCCUCAGCAUCAACUCCGAUGGCAGCUGCGUCAACAACGGCAUGCAAACCUGGUCGUACAACCAGGGCGUGGUGUUGGGCGGGCUGGCCGAGUUGUCCAAAGCAACCGGAGACUCGUCGUACCUGGAUCAGGCCGUCACCAUCGCCAAAGCGGCCAUUGCACUCCUCAGCGACGAAAACGGCAUCAUCCGCGAAGUGGACAAGUGCGAGCCGAACUGCGGUGCCGACGGUAGCCAGUUCAAGGGCAUUUUUGUCCGCAACCUGCAUUAUCUGCAGAAGGCGGCACCGCAAGACGCGAUCCGGACGGCGAUAGAGAAGAACGCCAACUCAAUCUGGGGGAGUGACCGGAACGACAGGAACCAGCUGGGUAUCAAAUGGACGGGGCCGCCGGAUCUCGGCGAAGGGCCGAAUGCUUCGACGCACAGCUCGGCGAUGGAUGUGAUCGUCGCGGCGCUGGCAGUGGGUGUGUGA